ACUCAUGCUUCCUUACUGCCAUGGUUUAUGGGAGUAGAAUCCUGGCUCCCCCUCCCCUGCGCACGCCAUGGCAGCCACAGUCACUGCUCCAGCAGGUUCAGCGGGGUGGGGGCUCGGGCACCAAGGGUUCUGGGGAAGGACUUGGAAUGGAGCAUCAUCUGUUGGGGCUGUGCUGGGUGUCCUGCCCCCUGUCCCCACCUGCCCAUCCCCAAUCCCACCAUUUCUCUCCCAUUCUGCUGCUCAGGCUGCCACCCAUCCAUCCAGAAUGCCUGCAGUAGCCUCUCCCCCCGACCAUGGGUCCCCUGGACCACACUUGUCCUCAAGCUUUGUGUCCUUACUCCCUCCCCCUCCCCCACAGCCAGCCCCCUGUUCCUCUCACAUCCCAAGCUCUUUCCCCGCCUUGACUGGCUUCUGUUCUGCUGAAAUGUCGCUCUUUAGACUGGUAGCCUUCCCUGUGCCAUUCCCCUGCCCCAGAACUCUCUCCUUCAGGGAGCUUAUAACAAUGUGAACUUGUCACGUUCCCCUGCUGACAGGUUUCUUGUGUGAACCCCAGGAGGGAAGGGACCUGUGUCUGUGGUGUCCUCAGAUCUAAGCACCUGCCGAGUGGAUGAAUGGAGUACGUAUGACUGAAUGAGCGUGUCCUUGACUUAGCCACUGCAGUGUGAUUCUGAGCCACUUAGCUCUCUGGGCCUCGCCUUCCUCCACCCCGCCCCCACCACCCCAGCUGAGGGGAAUUGGGCAAAUAACAUCUUGCCCCCGAAGCUGGGCGGAGUGAUCCAGCUCACUUCCAAGUCCGAGCUGCGUCCUCUCCCUCCAUGCACGCUCGGCCCACCUUGCGCCCUGGAUUCCCUCCCUCUUCAGCCGCCCACACAGCACUUCUCCCAGCCCCACCCUGCCCAGCCCCUCCCAGGUGCCUGCAGCGGAGCAGCCAGCUCCCACAGCACCUCGGACUCCGGGCGGCACACCAUGGGGGGUCUAAGGCCCUGGGCCAGGAGGAGUACGGGGCCUGCCUGCCACCUGGGGCACUGGAGGAGCUGCUGAGCACCGCCCUGGCAGCCCAGGCCCAUGGGGUCUCCAGCCUGGGCAAUGGCUCAGAGGCCCGGAACUGGGAUCUGCCCUCAGCCCUGCUCUUCGCUGCCAGCAUCCUCACCACCACAGGUUAUGGCCACAUGGCCCCACUAUCGGCAGGUGGAAAGGCCUUCUGUGUGAUCUAUGCAGCCCUGGGGCUACCUGCCUCCCUAGCUCUUGUGGCUGCACUGCGCCACUGCCUGCUACCUCUGCUCAGCCGCCCAGGUGCCUGGGCUGCCAACCGCUGGCAGCUGGCACUGACCACAGCUGCGCUGCUGCAGGCAGCUGGACUGGGCCUGCUAGUGGCUGGUACCUUCGUGCUCCUGCCAGCACUGGUGCUGUGGGGCGUGCAGGGCGACUGCAGCCUGCUGGAGGCCAUCUACUUCUGCUUCAGCUCGCUCAGCACCAUUGGCCUGGGGGACCUGCUACCUGCCCAUGGCCGCAGCCUGCAUCCAGUGCUUUACCACCUUGGCCAGCUUGCUCUUCUCGGUUACUUGCUCCUGGGGCUCCUGGCCAUGCUGCUGGCCGUGGAGACCUUCUCAGAGCUGCCACAGGUGUGCGCCAUGGUGAAGUUCUUCGGGUCCAGUGGCCCUUUGACCACUGAGGACCAAGGUGGCAUCCUGGGUCAGGAUGAACUGGCUCUGAGCACCCUGCCACCCUCAGCUGCGGCCCCAGCUGCACCCUCAGAACAGGCCCCAGCUUGCUGACAGGUGGCAGGUGAUGGAGAUGAGCUCCUUUCAGGUGGAGAAGCCUGAGGAGGAAGCAGUGUGAGCGGUUGGGGAAGCUUCCGCAGAGGGGAGGGGAGGGGGAUGUGAGGACCUUGGGGAACGUGUUAAUAAAAAAUAAAAUGGGCAACAAC